GUGGUUUUUGGAACUCAAGUCCCGAACUAAAAGCAGAACAGGGAGCGAGGAUUUAUCUAUUGACGAUGGAAGAUAAUGAUGAGGAAGGCAAGUUAAAACGCAAAGAAGAAGAAGAAGAAGAAAAUCAAGAAAUAUGGUGUUGGGGGGCAGGGACUGACGGGCAACUGGGGACGGGCAAGCUCCAGGAUGAGCACUUCCCUCAACUACUCCGUCUCCCUGCUCUCUCCUCCGCCGGGCCCACCUCUUUCUCUCUCCUCUCCUGCGGCGGCGCUCAUGUUCUCGCUUUGACCGCUGGUGGGAAAGUACUGAGUUGGGGAAGAGGCGAAUCUGGUCAGCUUGGCCAUGGAGAUACCGAGAAUAGCCCAAACGCAAAGCUUGUAAUGCUUUUGGAAUCGCACUUUAUAACUCACGUCUCUGCUGGCUGGAACCACUCUGGCUUUGUUUCAG